AUGACCAGCGUGCCCCCUGAUGGCCGGCAGUAUGUGCCGCUCACCUGCCACGGCCAUUCUCGCCCGGUGCCGCACAUUGGCUUCUCAUCUCUGGCUCGCGACGAGAACUACUACCUAAUUUCGGCCUGCAAGGAUGGAAAUCCUAUCCUCCGAGAUGGCCGUACGGGCGAUUGGAUUGGUACCUUCAUCGGCCACAAGGGUGCCGUCUGGCAGGCAAAGCUGAGCCACGACAUCUCAACGGCCGCCACGGCCUCGGCCGACUUCACAGCUUCUCUCAGCAAGAUCUGGGACACCCAUACGGGCGAGCUCCUCUACACGCUUCAGCACAACCACAUCGUCCGCGCCAUUGCCUACCCUCCCCACAAUGCAGAUAUGAUCGCUACCGGUGGUUUCGAGAAGAAGCUGCGCAUAUUCGACCUGGCCGAGACCAGACCGAGACCGAGCUCGCCGUCUGCUUCCGCGCCAAUAGAGUCGGUCACCCUCGAGACCGGGGCGGCCUUUGAAAUUGGAGCCGGCGUGCACAAGGACUCAAUCAAAUUCAUCGUAUGGACAAACAAGCCGACAAUCCUGAUCACGGCGUCUGGAAACACGCUCCGCUGGUUUGACAUCCCAUCGCUGAGCUGUGUCCGCGAGGAGGUGCUGGACGGCGAGAUCAAGUCCUGCGAAAUUGUCGAGCUGGCGCAAGGCUACAGCAGCCCGUCAGAUAUUGGCGGCGGCAAGCCAGUGCUGGCGGCGGCAGCCGGGAAGUCGGUAUACUUCUGGGACGGCGAACAAUUUGACAACAAGAUCAAGGACUUCCAGCUGUCGCAUGGCGUGGCUAGCGUCGGUCUCGAUCUCAAGGGCCGCAAGUUCAUCGUGGGCGAGGAGCCGGGCACCUGGGUGCGGGUGUAUUCCUGGGAGGAUGGCAACGAGAUUGAUGUUCUCAAGGGCCAUCACGGACCGGUUUGGUCGGUCGCCUUCUCGCCGGACGGAAAGCUGUAUGCCACCGGGUCGGAGGACGGCACGAUCAAGAUGUGGAAGAACUGCGAGGGCGACUAUGGCUUGUGGAAGACACCCGCAGACCGGGCGACGAAGUAG